AUGAGCUUACGUUUAUUGCCGGGCGAUAUGCUGAGGGACGACACGAGCCUGCUCGCUCAAUUUUUCUACGCGGACGAGGCACUGAACGCGGUCGCGUGCGAGUUGGACUCGUUCGACGGCCGCCAGGAGCCGGAGAGAUGCACCACCCUGGUGAAUCAGCUGCGCCACUGUCAGGACAAGGUGUUGACGAUAUGCAGCCAGAUAAUGGACGAGCUAAUACCAGAGAGCAGGGCGAACCGGGACUUCAGGGUGAAGUUCCCUGACGACGUGAUGCAGGAGAAUCUCGCGGGGCAGCUGUGGUUCGGCGCCGAGUGCCUCGCUGCUGGAUCCUCGAUCAUGAACAGGGAGGCUGAGAGUUCGGCGAUGAGGCCGCUGGCCAGGGCUUUGACCAAGUCGUUGGACAUUGUUAGGAAUUUGCUGAGAGAACACGCGCUGAAGGGUCACCUGAACCUGAAGUACCUUUUCCAGACGCAAAAUCCAUUGGACCCGUCGCUGGAGAAGCUGAUCGAGUCGCUGAAGAUCUUCGACCGGUUGUUCGCCGAUUUCGAGUUAUGCUACGUGGGCGCCAUGGUGCCGGUGAAAUCGACGAAGGAGUACGAGCAGCAAGAGCUCGUGUGCGUUUUAUUUUCGGAGACGUUGCAGAGAGCUCUCGAACGUGGAUUGCUCAGCCAGGCCGACGUGGAUAAUUACGAGCCAGCUCUGAUGUUUACUAUUCCUCGUUUGGCGAUUGUUUCUGGCCUCUUGGCUCCGCCUGGAGGUCCCCUGUGCCUCAAUUCCCCCGACAGCAUCAGCGAAGUGUUUAGACCUUUUAGGUCGCUGCUCAUCAAAAUACGAGAGCUCCUCUGGACGUUGAACAACCGCGAGCUCCACAUGCUGGAGAAGCUGCUGUGCUCGAGCGAAGAGCCACCAGGCUCGAUCAAACAAUCGUCGAAGUCGUCCACGUGCGAGGACAUCCCCGACCUGGAGGAGUUCGUUCACAAUUUUUAUACCGGCUACCCGAACUGUAAAGACUUCAUCGUAGAUUUUUACACAGUGACGAAGAACACGGGGAACAAUAUGGACGAGGUGGCGGACGAUGUGGUACAGAUACUCGAGGAGGAGAGCCGUUUGACCGAUGGGAACAGCGAUCAGGAUGAGGAGAGCCGCGAGACGACGAGAGCGGAUCUCGGGCCUAAUCGUUUAAACAUAUCCGCGAACGUGUACAAGGAGGCUGUGAGGUGUAACAGUGACGCGAGGACAUCUAGUGAACGAGAGAGUGUCGGUGACGAGGUGAAUUAUCACGUGAAGAAAGCGGCCAGUUCGUCGAACAGCAGUAGAUACUUAUCUUGCGAGGAUAGCCCGUGCUCGAGGAGGAUAGAACGCGCCGCGAGUUCUCUAUCAGUGUCGGAUUCGAUCGUGGCGCAGGCAGCCCCGGAGGGUGACGAUAUCUCGGACGUAACCGAGGGUAGCAGACGAAGCGGCGAACAGCUGCACGGCAAGCAGCAGCAGGAUGAGUUCAUCACGUCGGACAUCAGCGAGAUACUUGGUAGCUCGGACAACAUUGAGAUCCCUCAGACGCAGUACCUGUUGAACCAGGUGUCGCACGAGAACAACGUGACCGGCGAGACGGUGCACAUUCAGAACUCGUUGCCGGACUUGGACUCGAAGAAGCUGAUAUCCGAGGCGAACAAAACGUUGUCGAACCUGCUGCUCGACGGCGAGUGCCAGAACGAGAUCUCCGAGCAGACUGACUCGGGGAUCUGCACGGUGAUCUCGUCGGAAAACACGAGCCUGUACGACAAGAGCCCCGAGGAGAAGAAGACGUUCGCGAACGAGAUCCAACAGGAGGGACACUGCCUGGACGACGAGGACACGCAAGAGAACACGAGUUACUCGUGCUCGAAUUUGAACUCGCCGAAGAGGAAGAGCUCCACGAUAUCGGACAACUCGUCGUGCGUCUGCAGCCUGAGAAGCGUGAAGACGGUCGCGUCGUUGGAUCAUUCGAUCGAGGUACACAGCCUGCACGCGGCGAACAACGAGGCGAACGUAACGAAACACAUUCCGCGGAUAUCGUCGAACUUCGACGGGACGAACGAGGAGUUUGUCGGCGUCGCGUACGGGAACGGGCAGAUCUCCGUUUGCGACUCGAAUCAGUCCAGCUUCCAGAUCAACUACACGGAGAACUGGGAGAAUCUGAACUUGAGCAUCGACGCGUCCACUUCGAGGAAGGAGUUCUGGAGCGAUCUGAAGUGCGAGAACUGUCCGUCCACGUCGCAGAACAUCGAGAAGAUCGGGACGAAGAUCGAGCAGUACGCUCAGGACAAGAUCGCUACGUCGAGGAAGACGAAGGACGAGAAGCAGAAGCGGCGGCAUCAGCGCAAGCACGAGAGAAACGGGCAGAAGCUGCACGCCGGGCAGAACUUUCAGAACGUUCGCUCGUCGGCGAGCACGGAGAGCUCCAGGUCGAACUCGAUGGACCGUUGCUUGAAUCCCAGGCUGAUCAGCUACGGGGCCAGUUUGCACCCGAGUCAGAACACCAGACAGAUGCCGAAUUUCGGCAGUCACAGUCCUCGCGCCAGCCCGAGAUUGCAGCACUUCGAAACUCGCAGCACGCCGGGAUCCGGCCAAAGAACAUGCAGCGUCGCGUCCAAAGCUCAGAGAAAUUUGUCCCCGCAAAACAGGAAGCUUCUCGAUCACAGGAGGUCCAGGUCGGAGCAGAUCAUACGGAUGAAGAGGAGAGACUUUGAGAGGAAGGACAGGCACGAGCGAGCUAAUCCUAGAUCCGAGCAGACCAAGAGGAAGUUCGGAAGCAGAAGCCCCAGCGAACUGCUGAACGAUGGUUUGGGACCAAGAACGGACAAGAGUGGCCUGGCGAGCGAGUUGAUUUCGCCGGUUCACCACAACACUACGCAGGACGUGUCUUAUGGGACACAAAGAGACAAUAACUCGCAGAGGACGACGCGAGCUGUGAGACUGGUGAACGCGUCCGCGGUUCAAGGGACGCAGUCGAUCGGUUCGGAUCGCACGAUGGUCCACAAGCCGGACGUUGGCUCCAGUUCCAGCUGUUCGAGUUGCUGCGACUCGAGUUCGGAGACCAGCGAGUUUCAGAGCGAUUGCCAGGACGACGAGGAGAUAGCUUUGGCCAUGCAGGCUGCCGAGAUUGCGAACAAUUAUAAGAUCCGAGCGAAAUUUCGAUCAUCCGAGGAUCUCGUUCAUCGUCUGUUCGUUUGUAUAGCCGGUGUUGCAGAUCAAUUGCAGACGAAUUUCGCAUCGGAUCUGCGUAAUAUCCUGAAGUGCGUGUUCCUGAUGAACAGCAGUCAAAUCGUGGACGAUGGCGAGAUGAAGGACGAAAGUAUAGUGUCCGAGAAUCCUGUGACAAGCCCGUUAAACGACACAGUUACUAACCACGAUCGACAGGAUUUGUUACAAGAGUACGAGGAUGAUUUGGAAGAGACUACCGUCACCACCGAUCAUAAUACGUCGUCUCCCAUAACCGAGCGCGGCGAGGAGUGUGUGGAAAGAGCGCCAGCCUGGGUCCCGGACAACGAUGCGCCCCGUUGCAUGGCGUGUCAAGCAGGAUUCACGGUGGUGAGACGUAGACACCAUUGCAGAAACUGCGGCAAGGUGUUCUGUGGCCGUUGUAGCAGCAAUAACGUUCCCCUGCCUCGUUACGGGCAUACGAAGCCUGUCAGGGUGUGCAACAGGUGUUUUCUCUAUCAGGUGACGCCGUUCACGGUGUCGCCAGUGACGCAAGCGAGCUGAACUUUGGGAUGACAAGGUGUGUGAUGAGAGAGAGUUUUUAGGAAAUCGAAUCGUUUAUCGUGGUUUUCUUCUUUUCUCUUUCUUUGUUGUUUUUUCUUUUUCUUUUUUUUUUUUUUGCUCCUUCAUCAAAGAAGGGAGACGUAUCCUUUUCUUUUUGCAACGACCGUGCAUACAUGUUCUUUUCUCCUUUUUAGUUUUACAAAGUAUGAGCAUAAACACGUAUACAUGCAGGUUGUCUCAAUAACUGUGUCCAGCUUAAUUAAUCUCCUCUGUGCUGAAUAACUUUCGUUAAUCAAGUUUAUUCAAAUCUCCAGAAACAAUCGAGGGGUAAUUUAAGAUGGACAAAGUUAUUGGGACAGUCAUAAAGGUAUAUGUUCACGUUAACAAGUAUUUUCGUUGGUGGUGUAUUCUUUCGAUUUUCGUCUUGGGUUUGCGAGAUGUUUCUUUUUUCUUUUUUUUCUUUUUUGGUGUGUGAAGUUCAGUGAAACUGUAUUUCCAGAGGAAUGUUUGACGACGAUUGUUCAAUCUUUUGUUCUUUUUAUUUUUGAUUGUAAAAAAGAUAUCUAACUUAAGGUAGUUUUAUAUACACAUAUGAAGGAUGUUAAAGUUAGAGAGUUAAAAACUGAAAUUAACGAUGACUGUUGAAAUUUCAGUUUUUAUUUUAUUUUCUUUGAACGAUGUUAAUAUAUUUUUCCAGCAAAAAUGAGAAAGUACGUCACAUAGAUUCGUAAAAAGUGACGAGAAAGUGGAAAGAAUAUAACGUAACGCUAAACCGGCUUUUGAUGAAAUAUAAAAGUUCAUUUUAAAGUGUUAUCCUGUUUAUAUAAAUUGGUAUAUAAAACCCAAAAUCUGAAGUAAUACCUAUGAAAAAUUGAAUUGGCAAUUUGAAUGAAAGUAUUCCCAAUAUUACAUUAAUUGUCGUCGUAUAAGUGCUUUCUUCACGAGUGAAUUUCAAUCUGUAUUAUAUCUGCUGAUUUUCGGAAACUAAACAAUUAUGUUUGUUGUCUCUUGAAUUAUAUUUUUUGUUACAAUUUUUUAAUAAAACAUUUAUGAUCCCGC